UAUAUUUUUUUCAACCUACCUUUACAUGUGCAUUUCUCAUAAAGGGUAAAAAGUAAGAAAACAAUUUACCCUAAAUCCAGUUGGAAUUACAAAUCCAAUUUGAAACGAGGGCGUUGUUUACAGGACAUUCUACCCUGCCUUACCUCCUUUUCGUUUUUCUUGGGUAAGGCGCCAGAAUUUAUUUUUUUAAAUGGUGGGUGUUCUUCUCUCGUUUGUCUGGUUCCUCAUUUCUUUGCCUCACUUUACCGGGGUACGGAAAGCAAAUUUAUGGAUUCGUUAUAAAAACUAACCAAACGUUUGUGGCUCCUAGUCAGUUACGAUUCAAACGCAGAUCACUUCAGAUCAGGUGUUAGGAGGAAGAUCAAACAUAGUACAGAGGGAAAAAGUAUGAUAAAAUUCAAACUUUGUAGUGUGGUGGCGUUGUACGCUCUGGUAGGAAUGGUACAUUCCACCGGAUUCUACAUUGACAACGGUGUCGAUCAAACCGUACGGGAGAAAAGUGUUGAGCUGCACGAACGGCAAGAAAUCGAACAUGAAAUCCUCGAACUGCUCGGCCUACCGGAUCGUCCCAAUAAAAAACACGUUCAUCCUUCAUUAAGGUAGUGGUCUACAUUUCUUCUGUGAUAUGAUCACGCUUAAACUUAUCGUUUUUUUAUGAUUACUUUUGGUAGGAAAUCAGCACCACAAUUCCUGUUAAACAUUUAUCACAAAUUUACGGAAGAAUCUAAUGGCGGACACACGCGUCGAAAACGGUACGCAGACGGUAGCAAUCUCUUCACGAUCGCCGACGAGCGAGCGAUCGGUGAGAGUGACGUGAUCAUGUCCUUCCUAAACAAAGCUAACCGUCAUCUGCCCAAGAUUCGGCACCAUCGUGGUGGACAUCGGCUAUGGUUCGACACGACAGAAAUUGGUUCCGGAGGAGAUACUAAUCAGCUGCUGUACGCAAGUUUGCGUAUGUACAAGAACCGUAGCACCGAACGGCCCUGGGAUGCGAUCGUUCGUGGUCGACAGAUAGUGGUGCGGGCUUCACUGAUAGGUGGAUACGAUGCGAUUAAAGAUGGCCAUCGGUUGGAGUACAUUGGUGAGCAAUCGGUGCCGUACAAUUAUGAAGGAUGGGUUGAGCUGAACGCCACGCAAGCCAUGCAACGGUGGGUUGUCGAUCGGGUUGGCAACAAGGGCAUAUUUGUGGAGGUGUACUAUGCGGAGAGUCCUCGCAAAGAGAUCCUACCGGACGAGGUAGGUUUGAUCUUAUCGAACCGUUUCGGACGCUAUCAACCAUUUCUCGUCGGUUACUGCAAGGGACCGGAGUUAGUGAAACCGACGGCUUCCAUUUCCGGUGGCACCAUUGGUGGACGACGUUCGAAGCGUAGCAUCCGACGCAGUAAGGGUGUCAGUUCCGGUAAGCGUACCGAGCGCGUCCGGAACCCUUUCCUCGAGCGAUUCGGCGGUGGUACGGAACGGCAAAAAAGUUGCCAAAUUCAAACGCUGUACGUUAGCUUCCGGGAUCUCAACUGGCAGGAUUGGAUCAUCGCACCGGACGGGUUUGGUGCGUUCUUUUGCUUUGGUGAGUGUAACUUCCCACUAAACACGCACAUGAACGCAACGAACCAUGCGCUCAUACAAACGCUCGUGCAUCUGAUGCAUCCGACCCGUGUCCCGAAACCCUGCUGUGCGCCUACCAAGCUAAAUCCGAUCUCGGUACUGUACCACAUCGACGAUGCGAAUAUUAACUUGAAAAAGUACAAAAACAUGGUGGUGAAAAAUUGUGGCUGUUUGUAGAGAGAGAGAAAAAAUAGGAAAAUGAAAAAUAAAAAAGGACAUUUCGCAAUGUUUUCCAGUGAUGAAUCAUGCCUCAGAAUGAUCGGGUUAAAAGGGGAUAAAAAUUAAGUUCGUUUUAAAAAUAGCCAUUAAUACACCGUGAGGGUUGUUAGUUGAUUUUGUAAUUUUAUUUUCGUUCUUCUCUUAAACUUGUUCCAUUCUACCCCUGCCCCUUUUACCAUAUGGGAAAUAUACUGUAGGACCCACACACG